AUGUCCGAUCCAGCACCGCUCGUCACAAACAUUUUCACUGCCGACCCAAGUGCUCACGUGUUUAAUGGCAAGAUCUACGUCUAUCCAUCACAUGACAGAGAGAACGAGAUCGAAGAUAACGAUGAAGGUGAUCAAUAUGACAUGGUCGACUACCACGUACUGUCCAUGGACUCCGUUGGUGGCAAGACGACAGACCAUGGCGUUGCCCUGAAGGCUGAUGACAUCCCAUGGGUAUCGAAGCAAGUCUGGGCUCCUGAUUGUGCCGAGAAGAAUGGCAAGUUCUACUUCUACUUCCCGGCAAGAGAUAAGGAGGGUAUCUUCAGGAUUGGUGUGGCCGAAUCAGAUAAGCCUGAGGGACCCUUCAAGCCGGAUCCGGACUAUAUCCCAGGCAGCUAUAGUAUCGACCCAGCAUGUUUUGUCGACGAAGAUGGACAGGCUUAUUUGUAUUUUGGUGGCAUCUGGGGAGGCCAGCUGCAAUGCUGGACCACCGGCGAGUUCAAGCGGGAAGACUACGACAACAGGGAAGCGUCUGGGGACCAGCCUGCCAUCUUCCCCCGUGUUGCGAAGAUGACCGAAGAUAUGCACACGUUCGACGGUGGUGUCCAGGAGGUCGUCAUCAACGACACUGACGGCAAGCCCAUCCACGCCAGCAACCACGACCGCCGGUUCUUCGAGGCCGCCUGGGUGCACAAGUACAACGGGAAGUACUACUUCUCGUACUCAACCGGAGACACGCACUUCCUGGCUCAUGCGAUUGGCGACUCUCCGUUGGGCCCGUUCACAUACGCUGGGAAGAUCCUCGAUCCGGUCCAGGGGUGGACGACCCACCAUUCGAUUGUGGAAUUCAAGGGCAAAUGGUACCUGUUUUAUCACGACACCAGUCUUUCCGACAAGAACCACCUCAGAUGCGUAAAGGUGCGAGAGUUGGUGUACGAUGAUGAGGGGAAGCUCAAGUUGGCGCAGCCGCAGAAGUAG